AAAUAAAAAAUAAAUAAAAAAAAAAAAUUGCAGUAUUACUCUGAUGGGUGAAAAAAGGGAAAAUGUGGGGCUAGUUUGAACAAGAGCAUGCCUUCUCUUUUGUUUGCGAUCUCUGAAGUCUGAAGCUUCAAAGCUUCGAAAUUUUCUUCAAAUUGCAUAUUAAUGGCAAUAAAGAUGAAUCAAGUCUUACCCAUUUUUGUUCUUCCCUUAUUAUUAUUGCUUUCAUUGGAUGAUUACAAUGUUGUUGCUGCUGAAUCGAGUUCAUCUACUUCCACCACAAUGCACACCAAUAACUGGGCUGUUUUAGUCUGCACCUCUCGAUUUUGGUUCAACUAUCGACACAUGGCCAAUACCUUAUCCUUGUAUAGGACCGUUAAGAGACUAGGGAUACCGGAUGAGAGGAUAAUACUUAUGUUAGCUGAUGACAUGGCUUGUAAUGCAAGAAAUAAGUACCCUGCUCAAGUUUUCAACAAUGAAAACCAUCGACUUAAUUUGUAUGGAGACAAUGUUGAGGUUGAUUAUCGAGGUUAUGAGGUGACUGUCGAAAACUUCAUGAGGGUUUUAACAGGGCGACAUGAAGAUGCUGUUCCAAGGUCCAAACGGUUGUUAAGUGAUGAAGGAAGCCAUAUACUUUUGUAUAUGACUGGUCAUGGUGGGGAUGAAUUUUUGAAGUUUCAAGACUCUGAGGAACUUCAGAGCCAUGAUUUAGCAGAUGCAGUGAAACAAAUGAAAGAAAAGCAUAGAUUCAAGGAGCUUUUGAUAAUGGUUGACACUUGCCAAGCUGCCACUCUUUUCAACCAGCUACAAUCACCUGGUGUUUUGGCAAUUGGGAGCAGCAUGAAAGGGGAAAAUUCUUAUUCUCACCACUUGGAUUCAGAUGUUGGAGUUUCUGUUGUAGAUCGCUUCACUUAUUAUACCCUUGCUUUUUUUGAAAGGCUAAAUAUGUAUGACAAUGCCUCCUUGAGCAGUUUGUUCAAUUCUUACAAACCAAAUUUGCUCAUGUCGACUGCAUACUACCGAACUGAUUUAUACAAGCGCAAUUUAGAAGAGGUUCCUGUGACAAAUUUCUUUGGCUCAGUCAUGGAAACAAUUCACACGAAGUCUGCGUAUAAAGCAUUCUCAAACAAGAAUUUAGGCAGGGAUAUUAGAAGCAUGUCACAUGAGCAGCAAGCUGACUUGCAGAAACAAAGAGAGCUGCUAGCUGACAGUGAUUUGGAAACUAUCUCUUACACAGUGGAUCAAGUUUGCCCUAUUCACAAGAUGUGGGCUACUCUGCAAAACAAAGUCGAUAGUAUAGUUGAUGUAGAAACUUUGGUGAAUCGUGGAUUGUUGUUUAUGCUACCUUUGGUAGCAAUUACAACUUGGCUAUCGCAUUGAGCUGUCACACUAGCUUCAAACCAGCAGCCAGCAACUCAACAUAUUCAGACUGAAGCAAAGCUACAUUAUUAGCUUUUGCAAGUCCUCAUUCGAGCAGUUGUGAUGUCAGUUGCUCAAAGGAAGAAGCCUUGAAGACCCCAUAUGAUUAAUUGUUACGAUGCUUUCUGCUUUUUUAUUGGUUAGAAGAUCUAGUUAGUUUGUGCUGUAUAGAUAGAGGUCUUAUUCUUCUUCUUUGUCAGGACUCAGGAUGCAAUGCGUCUUAAAAUUAACAUUCUUUGGCCCAGUUGUGGGAAGUCGACUACAUUCACUUGGUGUUUAGUCAUGUUCCUAUAACUAUAAUCUGCUAAUUGCAACAAAACUUUGGUGUUAUUCUGUAGAA